CGCGCUCAAGAGGAGCAAGUACGACGACAGCGGCUUGGUGUGAAGCGACGGACAAUGAAAGGAGAACUGACAGAAGAUGUAAUCGAUGAGCUUGAGCAGAGGCUAAUAAUGGUUGAUGCAGAAAAUGAGUUGCGCACGAAAACAAGAAAAACAAAGUUGGACUCGAGCCAAAUCAACGAUGGAGAUUUUGAAAAGAUCAUGAACGGUUUGAAAGAAGGCGCUUACGUGACAUUCGAUAAUGCACAAAAUACGAAGCGUUACAGUUCUUCGGUUACAAUAGGUUCCAGCAACAAAUGUUCGCAUCCACCUCCCGUGGAGCCAAAACCGAAACGGAUCUCGACAAGAACUCAUGAUUAA